CUAUAUAUAUCACUGCAUGCAAGAAUGAAUUAAUAUACAACACAACACAACACCAACCUAGCUCAUUAUAACUGUCCCUAGCUACUUCUUUCGAUUCAAGCAAUAUGGCAUAUGUUAAGCUCGCUCGUUUGGCUCUCUUCUUUCUUGCCACAUUCCUAUUAACGUUCCCAGUGAAGAAGGUAGAAGCUGCUUGUAAAAUUUCUUGUUUGCUGUAUAAACCAAAAUCAUGUGGUGAUGGUUGUAAAUGUGUCCCAGCUUCAUUAACCUAUGGUGUCUGCGUGAAAGCAUCAUUUGAACAUGUUACAAACAUGGUGGAAGAACAUCCUAACUUAUGUGAAUCUCAUGAUGAUUGCACAAAAAAAGGAAGUGGGAGUUUUUGUGCUCGUUUUCCAAAUCCUGAAAUUGAAUAUGGAUGGUGUUUUGAUUCUAACUCUCACGCACAAGCUUCAUUCAAGAAUGCUCAGGAAUCCUCAAAUUUCUUCUUGAAGAUGCCAUCAGCAAUUUCUACUUAAUGUAUUGAACAAAAAUCAUCCAUAUGCAUGAUCAUGCAUCUACUAGACUACUACUUAAAUAAAAUUGCUUCAUAAUCUCUUUCUGAGGAUUAUUUUUCUUCUUGUGGUGGUGCCUUUGACGGGUUUAGUUUGUUGGGGGUGUUUCAUUCUUGUUUUCUUAUAGUUUUAUUUGCUUGUUUGUUUUUCUAUUUUACCUUAGAGAUUGUUGGGUUCUGGUGGAAUGUACUUCUGUUAUCUCUUUGUUUAUUAUUAAGGGUCUGGUGUAAGGAACAGUCUGACGUACUAUUAUUAAGAGUAAACUUUAUUAAGAGUAAA